UGCAAUUACAUCGUUAUCAGAUGUCUAGAAGGAACAAUGACGAUCUGAGCUCACUUGUGGAGCUGAUGAGGGCAACCCUAGCACCACAAGGGCUGCCCGCACCGCCCCAGAAGGUUGGAGAGGUGGCGACGGGAGCAAAGGAGGCCGCCACCACGGCGAUCACAACGGCGACGUUCGAAGGCACGACGGCGGCGCAGACCGGGGCGGUGGCGGUGGCUAAGGAGCCGCCGGGGUCGAGGGAUGCGAGGUUGCGCGCGGAGGGCGGCGAGCACGACGGUGGUGCGGUGACGCAUACACGCCGGGGGAUGUGGCGAGCCGCGCGGGGCAAGUUUUGGCCCGACCCAAUCAUGGCCUGAGCCUGCUACCAACUCCGACGGCCCUAGAGAUUGCGGCGAUGCACGGGAAGGCCAAGAUUUCGGGCUACGACUCGAUGGGCGGAUAGAUGGGCUUCGGAUCCAACGAUCCGGAAGCAAGACGAGGUCGGGUCCAGGGUAGCUGUGGGCUAACUGAGAAAUGGGCUGACUGGGUCGGGAGUGCAGGAGAGAUGAGCUUGAUUGACCAGAGCAGAGAAUGGGCCGAGUUUGACCCACAGGGGGGCCAUUGGGCGGCGACUACCACCCUAACUAGCUGGGUUUGGGCGGUGGCUGGUUGGAUCGAGAUGGGCGAACCGGGAUCGGACGGGCCAGCAGGAACGAACCGAUGCGACUAAAAUCGAACCGGUUUG